AUGUCCGCUGCCGAGAACAAGAUUGCUACACAACACGUCGAAGACUUCGACAAAGUGCAUGACAUUCAACAUGACUUCGAAGACCUCCCUGAAUCCUUUCGCGAACUCAGUCCCCAAGAGCUGUCGAAACUCGGAAGAUGGACGACUUUGAAACUGGACUGUAUAAUCAUGCCAGCACUUACCAUUCUUUAUAUUCUAAAUUAUCUCGAUCGUCAGAACAUUGCUGCGAGUAAGCUAGCAAAUAUUAUGAUAGACCUGGAUAUGUCUGUGCAGCAGUACAAUACUUGUGUGAGCAUCUUGUUUGUGGGAUACAUUCUUAUGCAGAUCCCCUCCAACCUCGUCCUCAGCAAGAUCAAAUGGCCGGCUGUGUGGAUCUGCAGCGCAGUGGUCGGCUGGGGUGCAGUCUCUGCAGCCACCGCCGCAGUGUCUUCCUUCGGAGGCCUUGUCGCGGCAAGAUUUUGCCUAGGUUUUGUCGAAGCAGUAUUNUUUCCAGGAGCGUUCUUCUAUCUGUCCAUGUUCUAUAACAGGAAGCAGAUCAGCACACUUAACAUCGGUGCUCGCUACUUCGCCAUGUGCUUGCUGCCGUUGAGCUUCUACAGCUCUGCCAUCUGCCAGCUCUCUUGGAUCUCGGGCUCGCUAUCACAACCAGCAGUCAAACGAGCAGCUUCGAUUGCCAUCAUUAAUGCUAUCUGCAACACUCCGAAUAUCUGGACGAGUUAUCUAUACUACGACUCUCCUCGAUAUGUGGCUGCAUUUUCGGUAAAUUUGGGUGCUGCUGUGGUGGCGUUUGCGAGCGCUACCGCUACUUACUUUUAUUUGAGGAGGCAGAAUCAGAUGAUGGAUCAGGGCAAGCCAUUGGGCAGAUCUGGGCCUACGCCAGUGCAACAGGCAAAUGGGUUCAGAUAUAUGUUGUAA